AUGGCCAAUGUAUACAAACGCUGAGUAAUUCCCCCAGACACCGGUAUCGUCUUGGCCUCUUUGUCCAAUUUUCUCUAAAUAUGGCUCGCCGUUAUGACUCCAAGACCACCAUCUUCUCCCCAGAGGGGCGCCUCUACCAGGUGGAGUAUGCUAUGGAAGCCAUUGGGCAUGCUGGCACAUGCUUGGGCAUCCUGGCAAAUGAUGGUGUGAUCUUGGCAGCAGAACGUCGCAACACCAACAAACUCCUGGACGACGUCUUCCUCUCAGACAAGAUCUAUAAAAUUGACGAGGAUGUAGCCUGUUGUGUAGCUGGUAUCACAUCAGAUGCCAAUGUAUUAACAAAUGAACUGCGUGCUGUUGCCCAGCGUCAUACACUUAUGUUUGGAGAACCAAUUCCCUGUGAACAGUUGGUCAUGAGGCUUUGUGAUAUCAAGCAGGCUUACACACAAUAUGGAGGAAAGCGACCAUUUGGUGUGUCCAUCUUGUACAUGGGUUGGGACACACGUUAUGGAUACCAGCUAUACCAGAGUGACCCCUCUGGUAACUACUCUGGCUGGAAGGCAACUUGCAUUGGAAACAGCAGUGCGGCAGCAGUAUCUAUCCUGAAGCAGGAAUACAAAGUGGGAGAGACAGACCUGCAUGAGGCACUUCUCCUGGCCCUGAAGGUCAUGAGCAAGACCCUUGACAUGACUAAGCUGAACGCCGAGAAGCUGGAGCUGGCUACGCUGGUGAGGAAGGACGACAAGACAGUGAUCACAGUGUUGCCAGUUGAGGAGGUGACCAAGCUUAUCAAGGAACAUGAGGUGCGGGAGGCUGAUGCUGAGGCAGCCAAGCAAGAAGGCACCAGCAAGAAGUCCGACUCGUGAAGGACAAGAGACUCAUCUAGUCCUAAGGUCUAAGCAAAGCGAGUGACGAAGGAGUGGAGGGAUUCUGUUUGUGGUGGAGAAGUGUCUUUAAAUGACUUAAAACUCGUAUUUAAAGGAAAUAUUUUCACAUAGUUGAGUAAUGGUAUUAUUCAUUUUAAUUUCAUUUGAUACUUAUGUGUCAGUUUGUUGUUAUUUUUUUUAUAUUAAGACCACAUAAUAAAACAAACUGAAGCAA